AAAUCCAAAAAAUAGAAAAAACUAUGCUCUUGUUACGUUUAAUAGUUUAAGUGCAGCUAUGAGUGCCAGAAUCGUUAAAGGAGUAACAUUGCACGGUAGAAAUUUAAUAAUUCUGUCAGGUACUCCUUGGCUUGAACGAAAGAGUGUAAAGAAUAAACGUAAAAGAAACGUAAGAAAAUAUAAAUCAAAAUCUAACAAAGUGUUAUAUGAUGUUAUAUCCUAUGAGGGUUGCAGAGAAAAUGAAAUUACUAUCCACAAAUUAAAUGACGACUGCCUGUUGCAAAUUUUUUCUCAAUUGCCACUUAUGGAUAGGAUCAGAUUAGAAAGAGUGUGCAAGAGAUGGAAAGCAUUAAUUAAAAAAUCCUGGUAUAAUAUAAAAAGACUGGAUUUACGGUAUUCCAUGUGGGGCUCUUUAGCUGACACAGACACAAGAGAAAUUAGUUUAACUGUGCUUCGUAACAUAUUAUUCCGAUGUGGUUCAUAUUUAAAUGAAGUCGAUUUGUCCUUUGUGCCGUAUUAUUUACAUCAAGAUACUGUAAUGGUCAUCGGAGAUUUGUGCCGUAAUUUAAAAAUAUUAAAUAUCACUGGUGUUUGCGUUUCGCAGGCUGGUAUCCGUUCAUUCAAUAGCUGCCGUAAUAUUACAAAAUUAAGUGUUGGUUAUGUCACUUACCCUUGCGAUAUUGAUCUAAAAGUAUUAUUCCAAAUGAAUCCAAAUUUACGAUAUUUUGAAGCCUAUCUUACUUCAAUAACUGGACGGUGCUUGUUGCAUUUACCAAUGGACACAAUAGAAGAAAUCGUUCUAGACUGUUGUCUAUAUCUUGAAGAAAUCUUUGUAUUGGAGAUAAUUAUCAAACUAAAAAGAAUAAAAGCGUUUACGAUGAAUGAAUGUAAUUGUAUAUCCGGUAACAUCUUUCGAUUUCUCGGCACAUAUUGUAAGAAUUUAGAAAAACUAAAAAUUUGUCAUGUUCCAUCUACAUCAUAUUUCCGAACGACAGACACAUUACAUAUUACGCGAUUAUCCAAUCUCAAAGCUCUGACAGUCAGUAAGAACAGUAUAAUAACGGACGAAUUUCUUUCUCAUCUGGUAACAACAUGCCAGAAUCUCACAUAUCUAGACAUUUCCAGAUGUUCUGGUAUUUCAAACCAUGGCAUGAACGCUAUAGCAACUCUUUGCGAGUUAGAAGUGUUAAUAAUGAACAACAUGUUAGGAGUGACUAAAGUGCACCUAUUUGGCGCAUCCAAUUUAAAAAGAAUAGAAUGUCGCCGUUCGAAAUUUAUAGAUAGAGUGAUAAUUAAUCUUAUUAAGUCCGCGCCGCAAUUGGGGGUGCUAGAUUUAUCAGAAUCCCCAUAUAUUACUAAUAGAACAUUAGUGGAAGCUGCCAGGAUUACGGCCAGACGAACCAACAAUAUUAUUUUAAAAAUAUUCGUAGGCGGUACCCCAAUGAAUCUUAGUACUUUUAAAAACAUAUCACCGUUUUUAAAAAUAGCAACCUCACUGUAA